CGCAGGAAGCCACAGCCGCGCCAGGCGCCUCUGGGCCCAGAAGGGAGAACAAACAAGUCCGUCAGGCCGCCCGGGUCUUUCGCCCGCCUGAGGCAAAGGAGGGGAACCGGGCGGUCGGCGGUGGGGGGACGGGACUGGGGGGGGGGGCAGGCUGAGGUAGCAACGGCAGCGGCGGUGGCCGAAGCUCCUCCCCUGCUCGGGGCCGUUCUCUUCCCCGGCGGCGGAGGAACAUUGUGACGCUGGCGGCGCUGGAACACCUGAAGCCACGGCGGCCGAGGGCGACGUGAGUGUUUGAAGAAAAUAACAAAAGAUGGAUGACCACAAAUACAGUUAUUCAAGGGAAUUUUAUGAUCGGUAUGCCCAAGGCCAAGAGAAGUCUGUGGUCAAUAAAAUGCAGCAGAAAUACUGGAAGACAAAACAAACUCUUAUCAAAGUCACAGGAAAGAAGGAAGAUGAACAUGUGGUGGCCUCAGAUGCAGAUCUGGAUGCAAAACUAGAGCUGUUCCAUUCAAUUCAGAGGACAUGUAUGGAUUUACUUAAAGCAAUUGAACUUUAUCAAAAAAGGAUUUGUUUUCUGUCUCAAGAAGAAAAUGAAUUGGGGAAAUUUCUCCGAUCCCAAGGUUCUCAGGAUAAAACCAGAGCGGGCAAGAUGAUGCAAGCUACAGGAAAGGCCCUCUGCUUUUCCUCUCAACAAAGGUUGGCAUUGCGUACUCCUUUGUGCAGGCUGUACCAAGAAGUGGAGACAUUUAGGUACAGAGCUAUUUCCGAUACGUGGUUGACGGUCAAUCGAAUGGAGCAGUGCCGAACUGAAUACCGAGGAGCUUUAUUGUGGAUGAAAGAUGUGUCUCAAGAGCUGGAUCCUGAUCUUUACAAACAGAUGGAGAAGUUUAGGAAGGUCCAAGCACAAGUCCGCCAUGCAAAACUGAACUUUGACAAACUGAAAACUGAUGUUUGUCAAAAAGUGGAUCUUCUCGGAGCAAGCCGCUGUAAUCUUCUGUCUCAUGUGCUCACAACAUACCAGACAACCCUACUUCACUUUUGGGAAAAAACAUCUCAUACCAUGGCAGCUAUUCAUGAAAGUUUCAAAGGGUAUCAGCCAUAUGAAUUCAUGAUGCUAAAGAGCUUACAAGAGCCUGUAAAUAAACUAACGGAGAGUGAAGAAAAAGAGGAGGAAUUGCGGCUAGAGAAUGCCAGAUUAGAAGAUGAUCAGCAGAAUCAGUUGAUUUCAUUAGAUGAGGACAGCCACACCAAGGAAUCAACCAGCUCAGCAGAAGAAACUAAGGACAUCCUGAGUACUUUUGGGGAGAGCUUCAACCACAGAGAGAAUUCAGGAGCCAUAGAUGACUUAUUAGACUUGAAACCUGAGGAAAAUGCAGCAUCAAUGGACCCGCUUGCAAAUUCUUUGGAGGCUGAGGCUACUGAUAAGGAUGAUAUGGUAUUACUGAAUGAGAUUCUCAAUGCGUCUUCUUUGGAUGACGGUGAAUUCAGCAGAGAGUGGACAGCUGUGUUUGGAGAGGACCCACUUGCUGACAUGCCCACAAGCUCUUCUGCAGGAGAAACGGAGAACAAUCAGUCAUCAGCGUCAGGCUUCCUUCCUUCUCAGCUUUUAGACCAAAACAUGAAUGACUUGCAGUCCUCCCUUCAAGGUUGGGCAGCCAGGACCAUUAGCCCUACGCCUGCCCCACAGACCGCCCAGAAAGCCAACAGCCUGAACACGACCAUCAACAAGACACCUAUGAAAGAAGCUGCAAGUUCCUCUAAAGAUCUAACGGCUUGGUUUAGCCUCUUUGCUGAUCUGGACCCCUUGUCCAACCCAGAUGCAGUUGGGAAAACAGAUAAAGAACACGAAUUGCUCAAUGCAUGAGUUGUCUGCCUGUGGUAACUCUCACUUCACCAUUCAAAAAUGCAUUUCUUGGGGCUUUAGAAGAGUUUAAAAACAGAUCAGUUUACUGUUGUACGACUUACUUCUCACUUCUGUGCCAUUCUAAUAAAAUCAAGGGAUUGACCUAACCCCUUUCUAUAGGUAACAGUUAUUUGCUCUUGUUUUGUACAAAGAGUUUGAGACUUCUUUUUUUGUAUGUGAAUGUACCAAACGAAGUUUUGAUUUAGAGGAGACUACUGAAUAGAUUAGUGUACUUGCUGUAACUUGGCUCUUGGCAGGCAGAGUGCCACUGCUAACUCGAGUGAAAUAUAAAUAAUAAACCUAUUUUUUAUAUCUUUUUCUUUGUGUAAAUCAAAACAAAAUCAUGUAACUGGAGACUGCAUGACCCAGUGGUAUAUUCGAUACUACCAUUUGGAAAGUAGUAUAUAACAUACUGCUGUGAUGUUAAUUUAUAAUUUCUUUUGUUAGUAUCCAUAGUGAAAAAUCUAUACUCUGGGGCUAAUUAUUAGAGAAUUAUAUUUGAGUAUCUAUGAAUCUACUGUGCUCAUUCUCUAAUUUUAAAUUAUUAGGCAAAUGGCAUUGUAUAAAUCCAAGCCGACUGCCCAAACUACAUCCUCCAGGCAUGUUCAGUUGUACCAGCAGUUUCGGCAAUUGGAGACCAAGUGGUAUUGACUUUGCCAACAUGUGUAUUUACAGUAAUCAUGGUUUCCAUACAAAGCACUUUUCAUCAAAGCUGGUUUCAUACACACAUGUUCUGUCGCAACACUCACCUUUAAUAAAGAUGGUUUUGACAAAAAGAAAAAGUGUAGCUGAACCUUUGUCAUGGGGAAUGGGAGCAAUUCAAUGGAAGUAAUCAUGAUUUAAUAAU